AUGUUGAGUGCGUUCCGCUGUUGGAUCCUCUACAACCCCCGACGUCAGAUCACGUACCGGGAGCCCGCAAUAACCUCCCUGUGUGCCAUUAUCGCCAGCUUCAUUCUCACUAUACCCGGCUUUUUCAGCUACACUGUCGUGGCUAUACCCCGCAAGGGUAAUGGCGGCGGUGGUGGUAACAGUACCGCAGAGAACUGGUGGUUCGAGGUACGCAACGGCACAGAGUACCUAGAGAGCGCCAAUUUCGCCAUCUACGGUUGCAUCAUCAAGCUAGCCGCCAGCUUCUUCAUUGCUCUC